AUGUCAAAUAGUGUUGCAGUGAUCGCAAAGUUUAGUGCUGUCGCAACCCAUUCCCCUGCACCCGUCAAACCUGAGUUUGGAGGUGUCAAGCUAGGCCAUUUUCAAUUCGUUGAAGAAACUAAGAAGGAAGAGCUAGGCGAAGUUAAAGAGUCCCCUGGACUGAUCUCCCACAACAACUUUUGGUACAUAUACCACAAAGGGCAGUUCUGUGCUGUUUAUUACACUGGAAGAGUAUUGAAUAUUGAUUCUACCACAAAGGUGGCGACAGAAGUUGCGGCAUCAUCAGUAAUAGAUGGUGGUCGUGGUGUUCAUCAGAAGAUUUUGGUGGUUACAGGCAAAACCCCAACCACAAAACCCGCCUCUGGUACAAGGAUGCUGCUGCAACAGACAACCUCAGUACCCAAACUUCUAGUGAAAGAUGACUUGCCAGUUCAUGGAGUGUCUGAGGUGAUUGUUGGUGUAUUGGGAGGUGGGCAAUUGGGCCGUAUGCUAUGCCAAGCAGCUUCAGAAAUGGCUAUUAAAGUCAUGGUUUUGGACCCACUUGUGAAUUGUCCAGCGAGUUCAAUUGCAUAUGAUCAUAUGGUUGGAAGCUUUGACGAUAGUGCAACAGUACAGGAAUUUGCAAAAAGAUGUGGGGUAUUGACUGUGGAGAUCGAACAUGUUGAUGUUGCUACGAUGGAGAAGCUUGAGCAGCAAGGAGUUGAUUGCCAACCGAAAGCCUCUACUAUUAGAAUUAUCCAAGAUAAAUAUCUUCAGAAGGUUCAUUUUUCUCAGCAUGGCAUUCCCCUUCCUGAGUUUAUGCAGAUUGAUGAUCUAGAAGGUGCCAAGAGAGCAGGUGACUUAUUUGGUUAUCCUCUAAUGCUCAAGAGCAGAAGGCUAGCUUAUGAUGGACGUGGGAAUGCGGUUGCUAAGAGUGAAGAGGAGCUUUCUCCUGCAGUAAAUGCUCUUGGAGGAUUUGGUCGUGGUUUAUAUGUUGAGAAAUGGACACCUUUUGUAAAGGAGUUAGCCGUCAUCGUGGCUAGAGGAAGAGACAAUUCCAUCUCGUGUUACCCUGUUGUUGAGACUAUCCACAAGGAGAACAUUUGUCACAUAGUUAAGGCUCCUGCUCAUAUACCAUGGAAGAUCAGAAAGCUUGCCACUGAUGUUGCACAUAAAGCUGUUAGCUCAUUAGAAGGUGCUGGUGUGUUUGCAGUGGAGUUGUUUUUUACCGAGGAUGGUCAGAUUUUACUGAAUGAAGUAGCUCCUAGACCUCAUAAUAGUGGUCAUCACACAAUUGAGUCCUGCUACACCUCACAAUUCGAACAGCAUUUGAGAGCUGUUCUGGGUCUUCCACUUGGUGAUUCAUCAAUGAAGACUCCAGCUGCAAUCAUGUACAAUCUACUGGGUGAAGAUGAGGAUUCUCCAUUGCAUUCAUGGGUGGGUGCUUUGGGCCUUGGGCUGGCAUUUCGUUUUGGGGAGCCUGGUUUUCACUUAGCUCAUCAGCUGAUUGGAAGGGCAUUGAACAUACAAGGGGCUAAUGUUCAUUGGUACGAUAAACCAGAAAUGCGAAAGCAACGAAAAAUGGGUCAUAUCACUAUUGUUGGCCCUUCUGUGAGCAUAGUGGAAGCACGGUUAAAAUCAAUGCUGAAGGAAGAAGGUUCUGAGAGUCAGACUGCAGUUACACCGCGUGUUGGGAUCAUUAUGGGCUCUGAUUCAGAUCUUCCUAUAAUGAAGGAUGCUGCUAGGAUUUUGAAUAUGUUUGGCGUGCCUCACGAGGUGAGAAUAGUAUCAGCACAUCGAACUCCUGAAAUGAUGUUUUCUUAUGCCUUGUCUGCUUGGGACCGAAGCAUUCAAAUCAUCAUUGCUGGUGCCGGUAUGGUAGCUUCACUAACCCCGUUGCCUGUUAUUGGUGUCCCUGUGCGUGCUUCUGCUUUGGAUGGAAUGGAUUCACUCUUAUCAAUUGUACAGAUGCCAAGGGGAGUCCCUGUUGCAACCGUGGCAAUUAAUAAUGCGACAAAUGCAGGUUUGCUAGCUGUAAGGAUGUUGGGUGUUGGUGAUGCUGACCUUCUGGCGAGAAUGAGCCAGUAUCAGGAAGAUACAAGGGACGAUGUCUUGAAGAAGGCAGAAAAACUACAAACUGAUGGUUGGGAAUCUUAUUUGAAUCCUUGA